AUUUUUUUUAAAUAUAUGUAAAUAAAAUGCACGAAAUCGUUAAAUCAAGAUCAUCCACACCUCAGUGCGAAUACGGAAGAACUGGUGUUACAGAAACAUUGCAGCUGUUACAAAAAUGGAAUUUAUUAGAAUUACAAAAUAAAUUUAAAGAACACGAUGUUACCCUACGUUCCCUAAUCUAUCUCACCGAUGAGGAAAUUUGUGAGCUUAUACCAAAAAUUGGCAUACGAACCAUAUUUCGGGCUAUGUUAAAGGAAUGGAGAGAAACCUACGAUGCCAUAGCAUAUCCCAGAACAACAACAUCGUCAAUAGGUGAAGUGGACAGUGAUUCGUAUUUAGAUCAAAUAGAGCUUAAAACAGAAUGUAAUUCCGAGGAUUUUGAUAUGCAACAUUUUUCAACAGAAAGUGAUUUUCCAUUAGAAUGCCUUAAACAAACUCAGGAAACUGAACAGAAUUUAGAUAGUAACAAUAAUGAAACACAGAUACUUCCAGAACCUGCAAAUAGUAGAAAAAUAAGAAAUCAAUUCAAUUAUAAAGGAGAGCCAUUUAAUGUCCUCGAUAUACUCAAUAGCUGCACAGAUGGCCAAACAGUUUUGGAAUUUUAUAAAAUUCAUAAUUUUUUAGAUAUUAAAAAUCGUAAACGUAUUGUUAAUCUUUUGAUACGUAAUGUCGUUGAACGUAAAGUUGAAAAAUACACCGCCAUAUUCCACGACAUGACGCGGCAAUUGUUAGAAAUAUUUCCUUCAGAAAAAUAUGAAACCUACUUUGUUCCGCAUAGUGGACCCAACUCAGCACGUGGAGCUUUAUACUACAGAUACUCAAAUUAUACCAGACAAUUGCGUAAAGAAGGCUUAUUGGCCUAUAAAAAGCAUAAACCGAAAAAUUAUAACAAAUAAAAGUGGUGAAAAAAAAUCAUGUUUUAGAAUAUUAUUAAUUGUAGUAGUAUUUAUAAGAAAGCUAAUUAAAUGUGAUAACUGAUAGAGAAAAUGUUCAUUCCAUAAAAUAGGACUCUGUCCCUGCAGCAUGUAACUUAUCAGUAAAUUUUAAUAAAUAUAUUAAUGAAAAGUAUAAUCAAUUAAA